AGGAACUGGCCACAGGAACCGGUCGCAGCUGGUGGUGUGGGCAAGAUGGAAGCCAACUUCUCCAUCUCUCUGAAUAUAUCUGACGAGAUGCUCCAUGAGUCUACUGGCUACACUGUUCUGCAGAUUGUCUCAUGGGUGAUUCAAGGGAUCACCUUUGUUCUCGGCAUCCUGGGCAAUGGGCUUGUGAUCUGGGUGGCUGGAUUCCGGAUGGCACGCACAGUCACUACCUUGUGUUACCUGAACCUGGCUGUAGCUGAUUUCUCUUUCCUGGCCACUCUACCAUUCCUCAUGGUGUCAAGUAUCAUGAAAGAACAAUGGCCUUUUGGCUGGUUCCUAUGCAAGUUAAUUCACAUUGUAGUGGACAUUAACUUGUUUGGAAGUGUCUUCCUCAUUGCUUUCAUUGCUCUGGAUCGCUGUAUUUGUGUCUUGCACCCAGUCUGGGCCCACAACCACCGCACUGUAACUCUGGCUACAAAACUGAUCAUUGUGCCCUGGAUUCUUGCACUAGUCCUUACCCUGCAAAUUUUCAUCUUCUUGACUACAGUAAAUGAUAAAAGUGGGAAUGUGUACUGUACUUUCAACUUUACACCGUGGGCUGACACCCCUCAAAAGUGGCUGAAGGCGGCCUUCACCAUGCUGACAGCUAGAGGGGUCAUCCGGUUUGUCAUUGGCUUCACUAUGCCAAUGUCCAUCGUCGCUAUCUGCUACGGGCUCAUUGCUGUCAAGCUCUCUAAAAAAGGCAUGAUUCAUUCCAGCCGUUCCUCUCGGGUCCUCACUGCUGUUGUGGUUUCCUUCUUUGUUUGUUGGUUCCCCUUUCAACUGGUUGCCCUUCUGAACACAGUUUGGCUCAGAGACAUAUUGCUCGGGACUGAGUUCAAAGUCCUUGAUAACCUGAGUAACCUACUGGAAGCCUUGGCCUUCUUCAACAGCUGCCUCAACCCAAUGCUCUAUGUCUUCAUUGGCCAAGACUUCCGAAAGACACUGAUCCACUCUCUGCCUGCCAGCCUGGAGAGGGCCAUGACCGAGGACUCAGCCCCAGCCAGUGAUACAACAACCAAAUCUGCUUCACUUCCUAUAGAGGCUGAGUUACAGGCAAUGUGAGGGGGCAGGAGGACAUUUUCAAGCUCUGCCUGUUCCUACCCUGAUCCUGGUUCCAGCUUCAUAUUACCUUGGGUCACAAUGAGCCACUCAUCAUGAAAACUACUUUGGUGCCCUCAGAAUCAUGGGAAGAAAUGGACUUACGGGUAUUAUUUCUGUUAUUUUUGGCUUUGGCACCACAGCAUAUACCCUGGGGUUAGUGGAGGUGGGAAAGAGUGAUGGGGAAUCUAUAAAGCUUAGAUGAGAGAAUAUAUUAAGGGGACAACUUUGGUAUUUCACCAUUUAGUAAGAUGUUUGCUAUGGCUGUUUUGUAAGCUUUUCUUAUCAGACUACAGAAUUCUUUUUCUAGACCCAGCUUAUAAGAGUUUCUUCCAUUUUAAAUCAUGAAUCGCUACUGCAUUGUAUCAAAUGCAUUUCUGAAUAUGUUAAG